AUGAUCGACCUUCGCAGCUCCUGUGGUUUGUCGACCUUGCAGCUUUCGGACCUGUAAGUAAUGAUGCUUUACAAUGGAUUACUGCACUUACAGGCGCAGUAGACUAGCGCAAGCCUUCUUACAACAUCUUCACUAAAGCGGAGAAGUCUUUCACGUGUCACUCGGGUAACCGUAAUAUGGAAGAAGCAUCCUGCUCACAGGCCACGUCCGCUGCCGGCCCGGCGAGCAAGGCCUGUGAUGUCCCUACGUGGCCUCUGUCCCGGCGCGCUGGAGCGCGCUCCCAUGCUAGCUGGCUAUCACGCGUGCCUGCAGAGGCCUGGAAGCAAGGGGUGAUGGUCCUUGUCGCGACAUUAGGGUACUCGCAGCAUGCCAAGUCGUACUGCUCGGGGCAGUGGCACAGCCUGCCGCCGGCCUCCGCAACCCUGGCUGGCUACCCCUGCGACGGCGGGGGCGGGGAGCGCGCCCUGUACCUGCUGCGAAACAUGGCUGGUGCCUGGUCCGACCUGCUGCGCCUGGCGCCGCCCGACCGCUGGGCCGCGGUGCAGGUGGCGCUGAUGGCGCUGCGGCUGGCGGCGGCGCUGGCGCUGCCGCGGCGGGCCUACAGCCGACUGGUGGUGCCGCUGGCCAGCCAGGUGCACCGGCUGGUCCCGCUGGUCUACCUCGCGGCCCUGGCGCUCACAGCCGCCCGGGCCCAGGCCGGUGCCGCUGGCGGCGGCGGUAGCGGCGGCAACAGCAGUAGUACCCCGCUGCUGCUGACCGGCGCGGGGCAGUGGUACCUCUGCUCCUUCCCGCUGCUGGACCUGCUCACGAACCUGCUGAACCCGGUGUACCUGGAGGUGGAGUGUGCGUACGCCGCCCUGGCCGCCGCCGCCCUGGUGACGUGGUGGGCCAGCAGCGCACCCGCGUCAGCGGCAGCAGCAGCAGCGGCAGCAGCAACGGACAGCAGUAGCAGCAGUAGCACUGGCGGCUUCAGCUACAGCCUGGGCUGGCUGCUGCUACGGCUGGUGGGUGUGGCGGGCUGUCUGGCGGCCACGGCGGCGCUGGAGGUGUAUCGUGGGCACCCCGCGCGGCGGCAGGCGGCGGAGGCGGAGGCGGCGGAGGCGGCACACGUGGCGGAGGCGAACAUGCCGGAGGCGGAGCGCCGGGGGUUGAGGGCUGGUGGCAGCGCCGGUGGUCCUGCUGCUGGUGGCGAUGAGGGCGUGAAGGAUGGGGCGAUGCCGGGGUCCGUGGCGGCGCGGUGGGGGCUGUCGCUGCGGCGGCGGCGGCCCCACGGGCUGCCGGCUCAGCGGGAGGUGGAGUGUGCUGGAGAGCGCUCAGCUGCGGCGGCCGGUGCCGGCGCCGGUUUGGGUGCUGGCGCCGGUGCGGGCUUGCGGGCUGAGGGCGCGGCGGUAGCCACAGGACCCAAUCCCCUGGGAGGGAGCGGUGUGCCGGCGGCAGGCGGUAUGUCGGAGAUAGAGGCAGACGUGUCGGGUCCGGCACAGCGGCCGCGAUCCCCGCACCAAGCCAUGCCUGCGCCCUCCGGCGCCGCCCCUGUGUCCUCCGGCACCGCGUCGCCUUACGGCGGCUCCCCCGUCUCCUCUUCCAGCGCCUCCACCGCACUGACCCUCCUCCUGGCGGCCCGGCCCCCUUCCGGCCUUGUUUCGCCCCUGGCACCCCACCACCCGCACCACCACCAGCACCAGCAGCAGCAGCAGCCCCAGCCGCCGCCGGUCGGCGGCGCCGCUGGCCUGGCGGCUGCGGCUGCGGCGGCGGCGGGCGGCAACUCGGACUGGGGCUCUGCGCCCAGCUCUGCGGCGGCUACCGACACCGCGCCGCACCUCCAGCCCCACCCCACCUCCUCUGAGUCGGCGACGCCGCUACACGCUACGGCUGACCCAAAUGAAGCAGGCCCGGCAGCUGCUCCCGCCGCCGCUGUGGCGCACGCCACCGCGGCGCGCGCUUCUGGUUCGACUGCGGCGAUGGAAAUGGUGGACGCGCACACGGAGCACGAACAGGCGCGGGCGGCGCCGCUGGGGACACCGCCGCUGCCCCUGCCCCGAGGCCCGCCGGCAGCCGCCGCGGGGGCACCGGCCAGCCGCCACAACACCACAGCGGCCACCGCCGCCGUGGCGGCAGCCGCAGCCGCGGCGGCAGCGGCAGUGGCGGGCGCGGACGGCGCCGCGCUGCCGUACCCGCCGCCGUACCCGCCGCCGUACCCGCCGCCGUACCAAAACCACGCACUGGCGGCGGUGGUACGGCAGCAGCGGCGGCCCGCCCGCCCACAGCCGGUGUACGUGCCGCGUGUACGGCUGGUCACGACGCACAUCAAGAUCCAGGGUGCCGACCCAGGACAGCUGGGACCCGGGUACGAAUCGCGGCUGGAGGGCGUGACGGCGGCGGCGGGGCGGCGGCUGGUGGGCGUGUACGUGCGCGCCGGCUGCAUCGAGCUGGUGCUGGAUGCGGCGGAGUGGGGCGGCGACGAGGGAGACGGCGGCGGCGGAGGCGGCGGCGGGGUUGGUGGUGGGCUGCAGCUAGGCGGCGGACAGGUGGGGUUGGGGGGCAUGGGCAUAGGGUUGCUGCUGCCGGCGGCGGUGCCGCCGCCGGCGGCGGCGGCGGGAUGGCCGGGGGCCGCGGUUGGCGGCGGCGAGGGUGUGGGCGUCGCGGCGGCUGACGCGAUGCCGGCUGGCGGCGCCGGCGGCGGCGCUUCCGACUCGGGCGGUUGGGAGAGCGAGAGCGUCGGCGGCGGGCGCGCCAGCAGCGGUUGGAACAGCGACCAGCUGUGCAUGGCGCAGCCCCUCCCGCAGGAGGUGGGGCUGGGCGGCUCAGACGAGGCGGCGGCGGCGGCGGGGCCAGGCGCGGGCGCGGGUGCGGGCACACCAACGCUGGCGCCACAGCAGCAGCAGCAGCAGCAGCAGCAGCAGCAGCAGCAGACAUCGGGUGUGAUGGCGGCGGAGUGGGCCGCGGUGAUGGCGGCGCUGCCGGCGGACCCCGCAUUUCCCGGGGGCGCGGACCCCGGCAGUGCCGCUGACCCGCCCGCUGGCGGCGCCGAGUGCGUGAUGCUACAGCUGCAGCAGGCCGCCGCCGCCGCCGCCGCCCGGCAGCAGCGGCGUCACGUCCGGCUACAGCCGAACAUGCGCUCCGCCGCCGCCGCCGCCGCUCCGGCCUGGGGCGCUGAGUCGCGCAGCAGUAGCCGCGAGUUGGAGCUGGGCUCGGCCGCAGCAGGGCGGCCGCCGCCGCCGCCGCCAUCUUCCCAGCGAGCGGCCUGGAACCCGGCGCCGGUCGCCACCGCUGCCGCCGCAGCCACGCUGGCGGCGGGCACGGCGGCGGCGGCCUCUUCGGAUCUGGAUCUGGGGGCGGUCAUCCGGGCCCUGGCGCUGACGCGGCAUGACGGGGCCAGUGACGUCGUGACGGUCGGCGGCGGCGGCGUUGGCAGCGGCGGCCGAGGCGGCCGAGGCGGCGGCGGCGGUGGUUGGGCGGACAACGACGUGCUGUCGGAACUGGAUCUGGAUUUCAAUCAGGAUGGUAUGGAUUACGCGUUGAUUAGCUCGACAGCGGGCGGCGGCGCCGCCGCCGCAUUUUCUCCGCACUUUGUGGGUGCCGUGGGCGCCGCCGCCGCCGCCGCCGCCGCGGCCGCCGCCAUGGCCACUGGCGGUAGUGACCAGACCGCGGGCCGGCUGCACAGCUCUGGCUCGACACGACUCAGCGGCAGCAGCAAGGAGGCCCCGGGGAACGCAGGCAGCGGCGGCGGCCUGCCGCAGGCCACCGGCGGCGGCGCCGGCCGCCACAGCCUCCUGCACUCCACCGUGUCUAGCGGAUCCAACGCCAUCGGCGCCGCCGCCGCUCCGACAGCCGGCGGCGGCGGCGGCCUGCUACAGCCGCCGCACUCGCCGCCAGCCAUCAGCCGUCAGGUGCUACUGCUGGGGGCGCCGCUACAGCCAGGCGCGCCGGGAAUCGUCGCCGUCAGCCCGCGGGUGGUGGCGGCGCGGCCGCAGUCGCAGCCGCCGCAACCCCUGGUAUUCACGGUGCUGGUGCGUCGCAUGCACGCCGCGGCGGCGGGAACGGCGACGGCUGUUGCUGCCGCCACGCGUGACCAGACGCCCGGCGCCGCGAUCGGGGAGGUGGUGGCGGCGGAUCGGGAGGUGGUGGCGGCGGCCGCCGCGGCGCCUCUGGAGCUGACGGUGCGAUCACGCGGCACCUACCUGCCCAUCCGGGUGUCGCGCUGCACGCCUGCCGCCGCCGCCGCCGCGCCGGGGGCUGGCGGCGCGCCGCCGCCACCACUGGCGGCACCGGCUGGAAACGGCGGCGGCGGCCGGCCGCCGGGCCCCGAGACGGCCUCCAGCAUGAGCGGCCUGAGCGGCAUCAGCGGCCUCACGGGCUUCCUGCAGGCGGGUGCCGCCAACGCGGCGGCAGCCGCCGCCGCCGCCGCCGCCGCCGCAGGCGCCACUGGCGGCGGGGGCGACGCCGCCCUCGGGGCGCGGCUGGGCCAUGCCGGCUUCGUGGGCGGCGGCGGCGGCAGCAGCGGCAGCCCCGGCAGCAACGACGUACGGGCACAGGAAGACGACCGGACGCCGACGGCGGCGGGCCGUGGCCGGGACAGCAGGCGGCCUGCCGUCGCACGCAUGGGCUCGGGCCUGGGCUUGGCAUCGCAGCCGCCGCCGCCGGCGCCACUAAGCCGCUUGGUGUCUGGAGCCAGCAAUGCGCUCGGGACCUCUUCGAGCCACUCGCAGUCAAUGAGCUCCCGCUCAGGUGCCGGCGGCGGCGGCGGCGGCGGCAGUGGGCCAGACAGCGCGACGGACGCGGCGGCGCCGCCGCGCGUGCGGCGGUUGGCGGCGGACGAGCUGGUUGACGCUGAGUACGACUUGGCAGAUCUGGCGGUUGGUGGCGCCGUCGGCGGCGCGGCGGCUGGCGGUUGGUGGGGUCUGCCGUACCCGUACGGCGGGGCGGCCAGUGCGUACGACAGCGCCACAACCUGGUACGAGACGUACACGCUGGAGCUGGCGGAGCCGCCGCAGGAGCCGGGGCUGCUACUGCUGGACCUGCGCGCAGUGGAUGCAACAGCAGGCGCUACAGCCACCACCGCCGCCACCGGCACUGAGCUGGCGGCCGCAGGGGCCCACACAGGGGCGGGUGCCGGGGCCGGCGCUGGUGCCGGCGCUGGGGGUCCGACCGCCCCCGCUGCGCCUCGCGCGGUGCCGCUGGUGGUUGUGUCGAGCGCGGCCGUGGCGGCCGAGCUGCAGGACGCGGCGGAGUUCUGGGAGGGCUCUCCCGGCCAGCUGGACGACCUGCUGCUGGACCUGGGCACCUGGGCACACCACUCCGCAGCAGCCACCGCGGCAGCAGCAGCAGCAGCAGCAGCAGCUACUGCCAACGCGGCUGCAGCAGCGGCUACUGCUGCAACAGCAAUGGCGGCAGCCGGCGGAGCCGGCGCAGCCGGCGGCGCAGUCGCCGCGCCGCUGGGGCUUGUUGUGCCCCCUGGCCCCACGGGUGCCGCCGUUGCCGCGGCUGGCGGUGCCGGUGGCGCGGGUGGGACAGCGGCGGGUGGUGCUGCUGGCGGCGGCGGCGUCGGUGCCCUGGCGCUGGACGGGCGGCUGUCGUUCCUGGGGGCGCACCUGGCGGACUACGCGGCGGCGUGCGGCUGGGAGGUCACGUGCGCGGCGCUGAGGGCCGAGUUGGCGCUCCUGAACACCAGCCUAGCAGCAGCAGCAGCAGUAGCAGCAGCCGGCAGUGGCGGCGGCGGCGGCAUUGCGGCUGCUGGCGCUGCUACUGGCGCCAGCGCCGGCACCGGCACCGGCACCGGCAUUCCGGGUGUCUUGGCGGCGCCAGCGGGCGACGGCGCCGCAGUGGCUCUGCUUCCGGCGCAACACCCGCUGGCGGCGCCACCCCCAGCCACUACAACAGCACCCCACGCGCCCGCCGCCGGCCCUCUACAGCGGCAGCGAUCCCUUGCCCCGGCCUCGCAAGGCCCUGGCGGCGGUGGCGGCGGCGCCGCCGCGGUGCUCGACCACGGCGUGGCGACGGCGGCAGUUGACAGUGUGGCGGAGGUGGAGGACGUGGCGGAGGCGGUGGUGGCGGCGGUAAAGGCGCGGCGGGCGGCGGAGGCGGAGGCGGAGGCGGAGGCGGCCGAGUACCGCGCCUUCCUGGCGGGCUGGCGGGCGAUGCAUCUGUGGGUGAUCCAAUCUCUGGACUGCGUGAGUUUCUUCGCGCUGGUCUACCGCGCCACCACCGACCCCACCCCGGGGCCGGGUCGCGGACUGCUCACUCCCACAAACGCCAUCACGCUGCUGGCCUGCUCCAUUGGCCUGGUGUGCACCUGCGCGCGUGCGGUGCUGCCCUACGAGCGCUGGCUGUGGCUGGCGGAGGUGACCAAGCUCCCGCGCCAUGCCUGCUACGGCGCCACCAAGGCAUGCAUUGGCUUUGGCUUCGCGGCGGCGCCCCCCGGCAUAGCGACCUACGAGCUGGGCGCGCCGUUGUGGAUAUUCGAGGGGCUCAUCAUUCCCGCCUCAUGCCUGAUGUCGCCGCUGGCCACGAUGCUGGUGGGCUUCGCCAAGGCGCCCGCCUAUCUGACCAUGUGGCACCGGCUGUCCUCGGAGGCGGCUGCAGCAGCGGCGGCGGCGGCAGCGGCAGCAGAGGGAGGGGCAGCGGCUGAGGCGGAGGCGGUCGUGCCGCCGUUCUGGUCACAGCCGCCGGCGCUGCUGCUGAAGCGGCUGCUGCGGCUGGUGGCGCUGGUGAUGCUGGGCGUGGCGGUGUCGGCGGCCUGCAACGCCAACAUCGCCGCCUCCUUUAGGCGCAACCAGCAGCGCAGGCGGCAGCAGCGGCUGCAGCAGCAGCAGCAGCAGCAGCAGCUGACGCAGCAGCAGGAUUCGGUGCAGCUGAGGGAGCAGCGGGAGCGGCAGCUGCGCGGCCCUGGACGGGUCGGCGCGGGCGGUGUGGUGGGUGCGGGUGGUGUGUCGGAGAGCUGGGAGGACAAGAAGGUGAGGUAGGGCCGUAGGGGCAGUCUCAGCGGCGGCAGUGUGCCAGUUUAGGUGUGGCAGUACGGCUUAGUUAGGGUGGGCACUCGGGCAGGCGGAUUUGUAGCGAGGUGUGGCGGAGUGGUGCUGCGAUCCGCACCAUGACGGCUGCAGAUGGAACACUGACAAGUCAUCGAGCAUAACACGUUGCGGGCCUUCCCGCGAUCAUGCAGUUCUUGGAAGCGCGUGGUGGCAGCACUUGAAGCAUCGUAACAGGAGAUUUGAUUGAGAGUGGAAGUGCCUUUCAGUGCAGGACGGUCGCGUCAAGCAAGGCUGCCGCCUUCGUGUCAGACUGUUUGGCAUUCCGCCUGAGAGCUCCAUCGUCUUACGACCUGAUCGUAAGCAAUCCCGGUUACGAGCUCUGCUCACGCAUCGCGCUCGAUCCAUGGCACGCGUGGGUUUGAACCCUGUAAUUCACAGGAGCGUGCCACUAUGAGUCGCCCCACCUCCGAUAGUC